CUCGGGAGCCAGCGUGACCCCCGGGGCUACGGCGCCGGCGCAGUGGGGGUGAAGUUUGUGGCGCGGGGGCGGUUGGAGAGUGAGCGCGGGAUCGAUUGUUCGGCUCGGCUUAAAUCAUUUAAAAUUAAACCGUGAGCAGCAGCAGCGGCGGCCGCAGCAGCCUCCGUUCCGUAUGGUGAGAAUGGCGGAUAAAGAGGUUUAUGACGACGCAGUGGAGGAGCGUGUAAUCAAUGAAGAAUAUAAAAUAUGGAAGAAGAAUACUCCAUUUCUGUAUGACUUGGUUAUGACACAUGCGUUGGAAUGGCCAAGUCUUACUGUACAAUGGCUUCCUGAUGUUACCAGGCCUGAAGGAAAAGAUUAUAGUGUUCAUCGCUUGGUGCUAGGGACACACACGUCUGAUGAACAGAACCAUUUGGUCAUUGCAAGUGUCCAGAUCCCCAAUGAUGAUGCUCAAUUUGAUGCUUCUCACUAUGAUAGUGAGAAGGGAGAAUUUGGUGGAUUUGGGUCUGUAAGCGGAAAAAUAGAAAUUGAAAUUAAAAUCAAUCAUGAAGGAGAAGUGAACCGAGCGCGUUAUAUGCCACAGAAUCCAUGCAUUAUUGCCACCAAAACCCCCACCUCUGAUGUGCUUGUCUUUGACUACACCAAGCAUCCAUCUAAACCAGAUCCAAGUGGUGAGUGUAAUCCUGAUCUGCGACUGCGUGGUCACCAGAAAGAAGGAUAUGGACUUUCCUGGAACCCAAAUCUAAGUGGACAUCUUCUCAGUGCUUCAGAUGAUCAUACUAUCUGUCUUUGGGACAUUAGUGCAGGCCCAAAAGAAGGAAAGAUAGUAGACGCGAAAACGAUCUUUACAGGUCAUACUGCAGUUGUAGAAGAUGUCUCCUGGCAUUUAUUGCAUGAAUCCUUGUUUGGAUCUGUGGCUGAUGACCAGAAGCUCAUGAUCUGGGACACAAGGUCGAAUAACACUUCAAAACCUAGCCACUCUGUGGAUGCACACACAGCUGAAGUCAACUGCCUAUCCUUCAACCCUUACAGUGAAUUUAUCCUAGCAACUGGCUCUGCUGACAAGACGGUGGCAUUGUGGGACCUUCGAAAUCUAAAGUUAAAGCUCCACUCCUUUGAGUCACACAAGGAUGAGAUCUUCCAGGUGCAAUGGUCUCCACAUAAUGAAACUAUCCUUGCCUCCAGUGGUACAGAUCGUCGCCUCAAUGUUUGGGAUUUGAGUAAAAUUGGUGAGGAACAAUCAGCUGAAGAUGCAGAGGAUGGACCUCCAGAACUACUGUUUAUUCAUGGAGGACACACUGCAAAGAUUUCUGAUUUCUCCUGGAAUCCAAACGAACCAUGGGUAAUCUGUUCUGUAUCGGAAGACAAUAUUAUGCAAGUUUGGCAGAUGGCUGAGAAUAUUUACAAUGAUGAAGAACCAGAUACGCCUGCCUCUGAACUUGAGAGCCAAGGAUCAUAAGCCCUAUUUUAACAGCACCACUUUAAAAGGGGUCUAAAAAUGAUUUAGACUGAUAAUCGUAAUACAACUGUUUUCCAAGCAAUCUUUUUCCACUAAAGUGCUGAGGCUUGUAUAUAUAAAAAAAACACUUGUGCAAAUUCUGACAUGCAACUCCUUUUAGUUUACAGUGAGCGUCAUACAGAAAUUUGGGAAGUGUUUUGAGAAUGCAAAGCCUGAUUUAUACAGUAGUAUGUAAUUGUAUUCCUUAGUAUGUAUAAAAGUUUAUUGAUAGCUGCUUAAGCACAAAUUGUGUAUACUUUUGUGUUGCGAUAAUAGGUAAUAUACAGCCUGACCCUGAAAUGUGAUUGGCAGCAGUGGUAUUAAUUCAGAGUAUGCAUGUGAUUUGGUUCUAAUAGAAGAGAGUUAAAAUUGUUAAUAUCUCUGCAAAGCAGUGUUGUCUUUAAACUCUUGAACAGAAGAGCUUUUGUUAUCCAAAGUGCAUGUUUCAAACUUUAAAUUCCUCUCUUCUGCCUAACCCCCUCCAACACACACACACUGUAGUGGCUCGAAGUACCAUUGAUUAUCCAGCUUAUUCUGCAAGUGCAUAGCAACCACGCCCACAAUUUUGGAAUAACUGUGCAGCAACCAUUUCAUAUCAUAAUGAGAACAAAAUAUUUACAUGUUUUAUAGUGUAAUCCAGCAUAUGGUGAAGAAAUGCUGCUGCAGUCUUCAAGAGUUGAGAGCUAACUUUCAUGUAUAGGGCAAAGAUUUCUUCCACUCCUUGAAGCUCUGAUAUGUGUGCACUUGGGAAUUCCUGUAGACAUCUGCUUCUGUAUUUUCCUUUGUUUAAAAACUGCAUUCUAUGCAUAUUGUAGAGCAGGGAUAUAUAAACACAAUAAACCUUUUGUAAUAAUUUUUAAAACUUAGCAGUGCUUUUUAACAUGUACACAUGAAAGGCAGAAACUGAUCAACAAUAUGCAUAUUAGAAGUUAAUUUACAGUGUGAUUUUGUUAAUCUGCUGUGAAUGAAGUUUAUGGUUACAUAUACAAGUAUAAAUUAACAAGUGCUACACUGGA